AUGCGCGAUAGUGACGAUCAUAUAAGUCCGCUGGAGGCGGAAUCUUCGCAGAGUAAACAACAGAAACGUGACCGUCUCGGAAGAUGCGGUCUUUGUAUGAAGCGGAUGCGACUUCCCAAUUGGAUCAGGCGUCUCCUAUUUUUGUUGUACACAUGGUUUGGCGGAGCGCUCACCUAUGCCCUAUUAAUCACAGCUGUCUACACUGCAAUCAUGUCACUCCGGCCGUCAGUGGCGUUACCUCCGAAAUGUCGACGUAUGGCCGUUCCCAUUUAUCUUGCUCCGACAAUCGAUUCAGAAAACGACACAACCACAAUCGCUCCAGUGGAAACGACUGUCAAUCCCACUGGGCUACCUAAAUUGCCUUCCGGUUUCACUGUUGGUUUAGAAUGCAGACAGGGCGAGGCAAUGAGUGUGCUACUUUUCUAUGCCUUUGGUUUUAUUGUUGGUGAGAUUAUGGAGAUGAUGCACCUGCCUGGAUUGUUCGGAAAUGCGGAACAGUCUGCCAAACGACAAUGUGAAGUUCAUUCAGUGAACUCCGGUGAAUUCUAA